AUGUCGUCCCGUAGUUCUGUUUCAAGUUCUGCUCUUGCCGGUCAACGUUUGAGUGACGAUGAUGCUAGUGAACGUUGGAAAUCAACGAAGUCCUCAUCCUUGAAAAACAACCACGAAUACAUGAGCCCCGCAGAGGAUAUUGAUGAUAACAAUGACGAUGACGAUGACGAAGAUCAAAGUAGUGAAACUAGCAGCCAGGACAAAUCGGCCAUCGAUGAUAAUGAAUCAACUCUCGAAUCUCGUGGGUUGACUAGCAAAAGUACUCAUCUGAGCUCGCGUCCAAGCGCCACAGAAGAGUUGUCAUCAAGCGACGAAGAAGAUAGAGAAAUGAACGAUGCAGCCGAUGAGUCAACACAAGCGUCCCAAUCUCGAGAUAGAAUCAGCAAAAGUUCUCGCGCCCCCAAUGACACUUUAUCAAACGACGACGAAGAUGAAGAAAUGAGCGAAGCAACCAAUGAGUCCACACGAGCAUCUCAAUCCCGAGGAAUGAUCGGGGGCUCUCGCACAACUGUACCGAGUGUCCCAAGAAGGAAUAAAUCACCAAGUGGACGCUCGCGCCUGAGUAUUGCUCAGGGCGAAGGACCCGGCGAAUUAAAUUACGAGCAUCCUAGUGAUAUGGACGUGAGCCCGGCUGAAGUCUUCAACCCGCGGGCAUCAGCUAGCAAGCGGUCGCACCUAAGCGCCAUCCAGGGUGAAGACACGUCAGAAGACGAAUCAACACAUUCCAAUGGAUCUGCAAGAACAGCCGCAACCCAAAUUUCCGAGGCUCGAGGAUCUAACAGCAAGCGCCCGCGCCUAAGUUACUCACAACCUGGAGAGAGCGAGCACGCAGAUAGUAAUGAUGGAGAUGAAGAUGGCGAGUCGAGCGAUUCAAGUGAAGCCGUUGAAAACUCGGCUCGGGCCUCUCGUCCGCGAGCUACUGUAACUGAGGGAGUUGGCCCUGGUGGCUACAAGGCGGGAGCUAUUGUGCGCAUCAAGGUCACAAAUUUUGUGACCUAUACAUCCGCUGAGUUUUUCCCUGGCCCGAAGCUGAAUAUGGUCAUUGGUCCAAACGGAACAGGAAAAAGUACACUGGUCUGCGCAAUCUGUCUCGGUCUUGGAUGGGGUCCUAAGCAUUUGGGACGCGCUAAAGAUCUGGGUGAAUUUGUGAAGCACGGUUGCCAAGAAGCCACAAUCGAAAUCGAACUUGCUGGUCAGCCAAAACUACCUCGAAAUGUAGUGAUCCGUCGGAACAUCAAAAAAGAUGGAAACCGGAGUUCAUUCACAGUGGACAACAAACCGUUUGCUCAUGCACAGGUUCUGAAGCUCGCGCAGGGAUUCGCGAUCCAGGUCGACAAUUUGUGUCAGUUUUUGCCUCAGGAUAAAGUUGCAGAGUUCGCUGGCCUCACACCCAUCGAGCUUCUAAAUUCCACCCAAAGGGCAGCGGCCGGAGAAGAAAUGGUUAAUUUGCACAGCCAACUAAUGAAUCUGAGAAGCGAGCAAAAGAAACUCCAAAUGGACAACACCACCGAUAAGGAGACGUUAAAGAACUUGGAAGAUCGACAGGAAAUGGCGAGACCUGAUGUUGAAAGAAUGCAACAAAGGGUUCUCAUUGAGCUCAAAAUCGAGCUUUUAGAACUUCUACGCCCGUUUCCAGUGUACAAGGAUUGGCAUCGAAUGAACGUGAUACUCAAAGAACGCAGAGACCAAACAAAUGCCGAGUGGGAAACGCUGAAGAAAGAGAUUGAACCAUCUGUACGCGCAGUUGGAGCCAAAACCAAAUAUGUUAAUCAAAUCAAAGGCUUCAUGCAAUUUCAAAGGAAGCAGGUUGAAGAGUUGUCCAAGACAGCCCAGACUCGCGACGAAAGAAUCAACAACUUGGAAGCUUCAAUCAAAGACCUCGAGGAUCAGAUAGCCGCUGAAAAGGUCAGGAACAAGAAGGACAAGACCGAAGAGUUGAAUAUAAAUCAAAACAUCGUUAGGCUGAAGCGGCAACGUGGGGAAGUCGUUGAGUUCGAUCCCGACUAUUACAACGAGCAGCUGAGGGAGAAAACGCGGGAGAAACGCGAGGUCGAAUCCCAGGCCGCAGAGAUUCAGUCUCGGCGAACACCAUUGAAUGACAAAAUCCAAGAACUUGAACGUGUGAAGGGUCAGGCUCAAGCUGAAUUGGACAAUCUCAAUUCCAAGUCAGGCCAACAGGAAGCCAAGCUGGCCGCUUUGUCUAGAGACUCAUUGAAAGCAUACCGAUGGUUACUUCAAAACCAGGACAAAUUCGAAAAAGAGGUUUUUGGUCCAGUCGUGGUCACCUGUUCAGUCAAGGAUCCCAAGUAUUCUGAUGCUGUGGAAAAUCUGCUUAACAGAAGUGACAUGACGGCAUUCACAACUCAAAGCUUGAACGACUUUCGAACUCUGCAGAAAGCCCUCAAUGUGGAUAUGAAGCUUCACGACAUCAGCAUAAGGACAUCUACUCUGACGCUGAACGACAGGGCUUUGCAACCCCCGAUCUCAACAGAGCAACUCCAGGAGCUUGGGUUUGAUGGAUGGGCGCAUGAUCUCAUUAGUGGCCCCGAGCCUGUUAUUGCGAUGCUUUGCAGUGAGAAGGGGGCAAGUCAGACCCCAGUAAGUUCGCAAGAUAUUUCAGACGAGGCCUUCGAUAGGUUGGAGAGUGGAUCCGUUCAUGGUGUCAAUAUUUGGAUGGCCGGUCGCAAGUUAUACCAAGUCACCCGACGUAAGGAGUACGGUGACAAGGCCAAGUCAACCAAGGUUCGCGACCUCAGGCCUGCCAAGUCUUGGACAUCAAAGCCUGUCGAUGCUUCUCAUAAACAGCAGUUUCUGGAUACCAUCCGGGCCUGUGAGGCCGAAGAAGCCGAUAUUAAAAUAAAUCUUCGUGCAGAAGUCGAAGCAAUGACAGAACUACGGGCUACGCGUGAUCGACUGGAUAGCGAAAUGGAAGAAAUUCAGGAAGAAAAGAACGAAAAGCAAACUGCACACACACAUGCCCGAGCUAUUCCUGAGAAAAUCGUCCAGCUAGAAGAAAAGAUUAAAGAUAUUGAGGCCCGCAGACAAGGAGUGAGGGAUAAGGUACGAGGCCUUCGCGUCCAGCAGGAUGAGAUUCAUAUCCAGAAGGCUGAAGCUACCAUUGAAUAUGCCAAUGCCGUCAGAGAGCUUCAAUCAGCAUAUGAGGAACUAGUGCGAGUAGAAGUUCGUCAUCUGGAAGCGCAAUCCGAUCUUUCAGCUCUUGUACAGAAGAACCAUGAUAAUGGAGUACUACUUGGCCAAAAGGUCAGUGCGGCGGAACAUGCUUUGAACGAAUUCCAAGCAUCUGUCGAGAAAGGAAGGACGGUGAAGCGAGAGGCGAAGCAAGCCGUGCAGCAGGCAAAGGCACGAGACGGAGGCCCAGAAGUUUUCGAGACAAUGGGCUCCGAGGAUUACAACGUCGACAUGUUCAAUGCCGAUCUUGAUUCCGAGAGAGCGCGCUUGGAGCUGACCCACGGAGGCAGCGCCAGCAUGAUCAAAGAAUUUGAGACGCGUGAUAGGCAGAUUCAGAAACUGCGUGACAAGCUUACUGGGUUCGAAAGUACGCUGUCCAAUCUCCAAGAGGGAAUCGAUGAGGUUCGUGCAGUAUGGGAGCCGAGAUUGGAUGCUCUCAUCAGCAAGAUCAGCGAUGCCUUUGGUGAUUCCUUUGCCCGCAUUGGCUGUGCUGGACAGGUCGGCCUUGACAAGGUAGAAUCACCCCCUGGUCCAAAUGGCGAGCCCGGUGGUGUUGAAUUCGACCAGUGGUCUAUCCUAAUCCACGUCAAAUUCCGAGAGAAUGAGAAUCUGUCAAUCUUGGAUUCUCAUCGCCAGUCCGGUGGUGAGCGAGCCGUCAGCACCAUUUUCUAUCUGAUGGCACUGCAGUCUCUCUCCGCAUCGCCCUUCCGAGUAGUUGACGAGAUCAACCAGGGUAUGGACCCCCGCAAUGAACGUAUGGUCCACGGUCGACUUGUGGACAUUGCAUGCGCAUCGACUGAGGAAGAAUUUGACGAGGAUGGCAAUUCCAUCGGAGGCGGAGGCGGUGGUCAGUACUUCUUGAUCACACCUAAGCUUCUCAACGGCCUGUCCUACAAGAAGGGUAUGAAGGUGCUGUGCAUCUUCAGUGGCGAACACAUGCCAGAGGAUUACCGUAAGCUAGAUUUCGGCAAGGCCGUCCGCACCAUGCACGGGAUUAGACGCAGGAGCCAGGGACAAGUGAUGCGCAAUGUUGGUGUUGCCGCGUGA